AUGAGGUACAUUCACUCUCAGGAGACUCUGGAAAUCCCAGAGGGCGUCAAGGUCAGCAUCAAGACCCGAAUCGUCACCGUUGAGGGUCCCCGAGGCAAGCUCUCCAAGAACCUCGGCCACCUGGCUGUCAACUUCGGCCACCCCAAGAAGAACACCAUCUCGAUCGAGAUCCACCACGGCAACCGCAAGAAUGUCGCCACUCUGCGCACCGUCCGCUCCCUCAUCGAGAACCUGAUCAUCGGUGUCACCAAGGGCUUCAAGUACAAGAUGCGAUACGUCUACGCCCAUUUCCCCA